GGGAGGGAAGCUGCUGAGGUAAAGUUAGGGGGAGAGAGAGACUCCGUCAGCGAAGCGAGAGCCGGGGAAGCUCGGCGGCCGCCAUUACUGAGCCGAGAGCGCCGGGGAGGGAACGGAGAGGUGGGACGGGGCUGCGGCGGCCGGGAGCGCUCGGGAGCUGCGGGCCGGAGAGCGGAGAGAGCCCCGCGGGGAGGAAAAGCCGCCGGGGGCGCCGGCGUGGAGAGAGCGUCCCGGGAAUGCUGCCGCUCCCGCCGCCGCCGAGGAGCCGGAUCCCGACGGCGCGAGAUCCCUCAGGGAAGGACUUACUGAAGGACACUGUUUAAAUGUGUGGCAUUACUGCAGGAAGAUUGCAGCAGGAUAAUCAUCUUGCUUUGCACCUUGUUUUCCUAAGGGAAGAUGAUCCUCCUCAUCCUGGUUAUCUGAGCUUCUCUCAAUGACAAGCUGAAGUAGGAACAACUGAAAGCUCUUUCUGAAGCCCUGGAUAUACAACUUAAAUUUGUAGGAACCUUUCCAGAAUGAAAACCACAUACAGUUACCUUGAUAAUUGCAAAAGGAUGAGAGAAAAGUUAUGAUGGCAAAAAACAAAGAGCCACGCCCCCCAUCUUAUGCUGUUAGUGUUGUUGGACUGUCUGGAACUGAAAAGGAUAAAGGUAAUUGUGGAGUUGGAAAGUCAUGUUUGUGCAAUAGAUUCGUUCGUUCAAAAGCAGAUGAAUAUUAUCCUGAGCAUACCUCUGUGCUUAGCACAAUUGACUUUGGAGGAAGAGUUGUUAACAAUGAUCACUUUUUGUACUGGGGUGACGUAACACAAAGCGGUGAGGAUGGAAUUGAGUGCAGGAUUCACGUGAUUGAACAGACUGAGUUCAUUGAUGAUCAGACUUUCUUGCCUCAUCGGAGUACGAAUUUACAACCAUAUAUAAAACGUGCAGCUGCCUCCAAACUGCAGUCAGCAGAAAAACUAAUGUACAUUUGCACAGAUCAGCUAGGCUUGGAGCAAGACUUUGAGCAAAAACAAAUGCCUGAAGGGAAACUAAGCAUAGAUGGGUUUUUAUUGUGCAUUGACGUAAGCCAAGGAUGUAAUAGGAAGUUUGAUGAUCAACUUAAAUUUGUGAAUAACCUCUAUAUACAGCUCUCAAAAUCUAAAAAACCCAUAAUAAUAGCAGCAACAAAAUGUGAUGAAUGUGUGGAUCAUUAUUUGCGAGAGGUUCAGGCCUUUGCUUCAAAUAAGAAGAACCUUGUGGUAGUGGAAACAUCAGCGAGAUUCAAUGUCAAUGUUGAAACAUGUUUUACUGCACUGGUACAAAUGAUGGAUAAAACUCGUGGUAAACCUAAAAUAAUCCCCUAUCUGGAUGCCUAUAAAACUCAAAGACAGCUAGUUGUUACAGCAACAGACAAGUUUGAAAAACUUGUCCAAACUGUGAGAGACUAUCAUGCAACUUGGAAAACUGUUAGUAAUAAACUGAAAAACCACCCUGAUUAUGAAGAGUACAUAAAUUUGGAAGGAACAAAAAAGGCCAAAAAUACAUUUUCAAAACACAUAGAGCAGCUUAAACAGGAACAUAUUCGAAAAAGAAAAGAAGAAUACAUUAAUGCAUUGCCAAGAGCUCUUAAUACUCUUCUGUCAAAUCUUGAUGAGAUUGAACACUUGAGCUGGUCAGAAGCCUUGAAGUUAAUGGAGAAAAGGCCCGACUUCCAGUCCUGUUUUGUAGUGCUUGAAAAAACACCCUGGGAUGAAACUGACCAUAUAGAUAAAGUGAAUGACAGAAGAAUUCCAUUUGACCUUCUUACUACGCUAGAGGCAGAAAAAGUUUAUCAAAACCAUGUGCAGCAUCUUAUAUCUGAAAAAAGGAGGGUUGAAAUGAAGGAGAAAUUCAAAAAAACUCUUGAGAAAAUCCAGUUCAUUUCACCUGGACAGCCAUGGGAAGAAGUUAUAUGUUUUGUGGUGGAGGACGAAGCAUUCAAAUACAUCACUGAUGCAGAUAGUAAGGAAGUGUAUGGUAGGCAUCAGAGGGAGAUUGUUGAAAAAGCCAAAGAGGAGUUUCAGGAAAUGCUUUUUGAACAUUCAGAGCUGUUUUAUGACCUGGAUCUUAAUGCAACACCAAGUUCAGAUAAAAUGAGUGAAAUUCACGCUGUUCUGAGUGAAGAACCUAGAUACAAAGCUUUACAGAAACUUGCACCUGACAGAGAAUCUCUUCUGCUUAAACACAUAGGGUUUGUUUAUCACCCAACUAAAGAAACUUGUCUUAGUGGCCAAAAUUGCACAGACAUUAAAGUAGAGCAGUUACUUGCCAACAGUCUUCUGCAACUAGACCAUGGCCGCUCAAAUUUAUACCAUGAUAGUGCCAACAUUGAUAAAGUCAAUCUUUUCAUUUUGGGCAAAGAUGGCCUUGCACAAGAAUUGGCAAAUGAAAUUCGGACACAGUCCACUGAUGAUGAAUAUGCAUUAGAUGGAAAAAUAUAUGAACUAGAUCUUAGGCCAGUUGAUGCAAAAUCCCCAUACCUGUUGACUCAGUUGUGGACCUCAACCUUCAAACCACAUGGUUGUUUUUGUGUGUUUAACUCUAUUGAAUCGCUGAAUUAUAUUGGGGAGUGCAUUGCAAAAAUAAGGGCUGAAGCAUCUCAGAUAAGGAGAGACAAGUAUAUGGCUAAUCUUCCAUUUACGUUAAUACUGGCGAACCAGAGGGACAGUGUUAGCAAGAAUCUGCCUAUACUGAGACAUCAGGGACAGCAAUUGGCCAACAAAUUACAGUGUCCCUUUGUAGAUGUACCUGCUGGUACAUAUCCACGCAAAUUUAAUGAGACCCAAAUAAAACAAGCUCUGAGGGGAGUACUAGAAGCAGUUAAACACAACUUUGAUGUUGUAAGUCCAGUUCCUACCAUUAAAGAUCUGUCAGAAGCUGACUUAAGAAUUGUCAUGUGUGCCAUGUGUGGUGAUCCGUUUAGUGUGGAUCUUAUUCUUUCACCCUUCCUUGACUCUCACUCCUGUAGUGCUGCUCAGGCUGGCCAGAAUAAUUCUUUGAUGCUUGAUAAAAUAAUAGGUGAAAAGAGGCGUCGAAUACAGAUAACUAUAUUAUCAUACCAUUCUUCAAUUGGGGUAAGGAAAGAUGAACUUGUUCAUGGAUAUAUACUGGUUUAUUCUGCGAAGCGGAAGGCGUCCAUGGGAAUGCUUCGAGCAUUUCUUUCUGAAGUUCAGGAUACGAUUCCUGUCCAGUUAGUGGCUGUUACUGAUAGCCAGGCAGACUUCUUUGAGAAUGAAGCAAUCAAGGAACUUAUGACUGAAGGGGAACACAUAGCAACAGAGAUUACUGCUAAGUUUACAGCUUUAUAUUCAUUAUCUCAGUAUCAUCGUCAAACCGAAGUUUUCACAUUGUUCUUCAGUGAUGUAUUGGAGAAGAAAAACAUGAUUGAAAGUUCUUACAUGUCAGACAGCACAAGGGAAACAACACAUACAAGUGAAGAUGUUUUUCCAAGAUCUCCCAGAGGAAGUUCCCUUGACUAUAAUUAUCCAGAUUCAGAGGAUGAUACUGAAGGACCACCACCUUACAGUCCAAUUGGUGAUGACGUAAGGUUACUCCCAGCACCUAGUGACCGUUCAAAGUACCGACUGGAUUUGGAAGGAAACGAGUAUCCUAUUCACAGUACACCGCUCAAUUGUCAUGACCAUGAACGCAACCAUAAAGUGCCUCCUCCAAUAAAACCGAAACCACUUGUUCCAAGAACAAAUGUGAAAAAACUGGAUCCUAACCUCCUGAAAACAAUUGAGGCAGGUAUUGGCAAAAAUCCCAGGAAACAACCUUCUCGAGUGCCUCCGGUACCACCAGAAGAUAUAGACCAGUCUGAUAACUAUGCUGAACCUAUUGACACUAUUUUCAAACAUAAAGGCUUUGCAGAUGAUAUCUAUGCGGUUCCAGAUGAUAGUCAGAAUCGUAUUAUUAAAGUUCGAAACUCAAUUGUUAUAAAUACCCAAAGUGAGGAAGAAAAUGGGUUUUCUGAUAGAAUAUCCAAAAGUCAUGGGGAAAGAAGGCCAUCAAAAUACAAAUAUAAAUCCAAGACUCUGUUCAGCAAAGCUAAAUCUUACUAUAGGAGAACACAUUCGGAUGCGAGUGAUGAUGAGGCUUUCACCACCUCUAAAACUAAAAGAAAAGGAAGACAUCGUGGAAGUGAAGAAGAUCCACUUCUUUCACCUGUUGAAACAUGGAAGGGUGGCAUAGAUAACCCUGCUAUUACGUCGGAUCAAGAAUUGGAUGAUAAAAAAAUGAAAAAGAAAACCCACAAAGUAAAAGAAGAUAAGAAACCGAAAAAGAAAACUAAGACAUUCAAUCCUCCAAUCCGUAGAAACUGGGAAAGUAAUUACUUUGGGAUGCCCCUACAGGAUCUGGUUACACCUGAGAAACCGAUACCUCUGUUUGUUGAAAAAUGUGUGCAAUUCAUUGAAGAUACAGGAUUAUGUACGGAAGGCCUGUACCGUGUUAGUGGGAAUAAAACAGAUCAAGACAACAUUCAGAAACAGUUUGAUCAAGAUCACAAUAUCAGUCUAGAGUCUAUGGGAGUAACAGUAAAUGCUGUGGCUGGGGCUCUUAAAGCUUUUUUUGCAGAUCUGCCAGAUCCAUUAAUUCCUUAUUCUUUGCAUCAAGAGUUGUUAGAAACAUCAAAAAUCAUGGAUAAGACAGAACGGCUACACGAGUUAAAAGAAAUUGUGAAGAAAUUCCACCCAGUGAAUUAUGAUGUCUUCAAAUAUGUAAUAACGCAUCUAAACAGGGUUAGUCAGCAAUAUAAAACCAACUAUAUGACGGCUGAUAACUUGUCCAUUUGUUUCUGGCCUACUUUGAUGAGACCUGAUUUUGAAAACAGAGAGUUUCUUUCUACCACCAAAAUCCACCAGUCGGUUAUAGAGACCUUCAUUCAACAGUGUCAGUUUUUCUUUUACAAUGGAGAGAUUGUAGAAGCACCUAAUCCCGUGGCGUGUCAGCCACCGCCUUCCAACGCAGUACAGAUGGUGGAACCAAUGGUACCUCUGCAGUUACCACCACCGCUGCAGCCUCAGCUGAUACAGUCGCAAUUACCAGCAGACCCUCUUGGCAUUAUAUAGACAGAAGAUGAUUGCAGGCAGCCUGGCACUGGACAGUAAAGACAAGCUAUAGACAUGCAUGUUUCAGGAUACAGUAAUGUAUUUCAUAUUUAUGAAAACUAAUUCCCAUCCAGCUGAUUGGACAUCUUUUUGUUAUAUCCCGUACUGUGUUCCUCAUUUGUACACACUGCAGAUAAAAACUAUGUGAUAAGCAUGACUGGAGAGGUUUAAUUUUUAAAAGCAAAAAUAGCUAUAAAGUACAAAGCUGCUGCUGCAUGAUACCUUAUUGCAAUCACUAUAUCAUUCCUGUGACGGUUUGUCACAAUAUAUUGUGAAUAAAAUUUUUCUAUACAAAUUUAAUGAUUUAAAAAAAAAACAUUUAUGAAACAUUCAAUGCUUACAGCCUGCUUUAUGGCUGUUUUUGUUAUUUAACAUGCUAUUUUUGGCAAUUUUAUUCGCAUUCGAGCAUUCUGUGUAAACAACUAAAGCCCAGCUAUAGUUUAUUUUGUAAUCUCCUGGCUACUUAUGUGACGGUAUGCUUAGGAUGGUUUAUGGAAGAAUGCAAAAUGCACUGUUGAGAAUUUUACAAUCCCUAACCAUCCAUCUUUACUUGUAAGUAAACCUGUGGACAGUUCGUUAAGGGUGGGUGAAGUUGCUUAUUAUUUUUUACAGCACAAUACCAAGGACAUGCUUGUUGUAAAAGUGAGUUUCAAAUACUGUACAAAAAUUUUGAUGUUGCCUACUUAUUUCUUUAUGUUCCAUUACUGAACUAAACAUUUUGUAAAACUGUUAAUUCUGUAAACAGCUGCAUGUUUAAAAGAUCAUUGAUGGUCUUGUAAACUUAAUCUAAUAUAUUUUAGAUAUUUUAAUUUUUCCCACUUGGGAAUACAUGUAGUGUUUAGAAAAUAGUUCAUGACAUUUUCAUAUAAGGUUAUAUAACUUUUCAUACAUAAACAUGAAUUUUGUUGUAGUAAAAUUCUCUAAACCAAACAAUGUUUUAAUCUAGGACUUCAAUUAAUCUAUUCUUUAAAUCUAUUUUUAUGUGACCCUUUAAAGAUAUACAAAAAUGCAUUGCUAAUACAUAGCAAUAAAUACUUUGGGUACUGACAAUUAACCUCUUUGGAGUGUGUAUAUAUAAAAUCACAUAAACUUGUAAUCAUAUUUUUUUCCUGUGGUAUGUUGUGCUAAAAAUUCAAAUGACUGAAUUUUUUUCUUUCUUCUCCCUCCUUCCCCCCCCCCCCCCCCCCCCAUUUUUAAAUUAUCUCUCUUUUUUUUUUUCCCCCAUUUAUUUUACUUUUACGUUGGUACCAAUUUUGCUGUAAAAGAAUGCUGCUUAAUUUAAACAAAUCUUUUGGUUAAAUAUUUUGUUAGUGGUAAAAAAUUUAGAAGGUUACAAAUUGUAGCAAAGGGGAGACCAUAGAUAAACACUACCUGUGAGACUUUUCAUAGCAGCUUUUUUUCUUUCAUGCUCAAAGUACACCUUUUUAGGUCUGCAAAGAAGACAACAGUUUUGGCUCAUUCAGCCGCUAGAAUGUUUUGUGUAGUUUAAAAAAAAAAAAAAAAAAAAAAGCUUUAUGAUGGUCACUGUUGUAAUCUUCACUUAUAACAAGAUUUAAGAUCGCCUUGUAUGUAUUAUAGUAAAUAGAUGAUUUUGAGAAUUAAGGCUUUUAAGAGUUUGAUUUGCUCCAUUUUCCCAAAAUAAAAAUUGCCUUUCCCACUUAAUGUCCUAGGUAUUGUACUUCUAAUUAUGACUUGGAUUAUCGUUCUAGAUUACUAUGAUACCAUAAACCUGGCUGCUGUUUGAAGUACAUGUAUAUUAUAAAUUAUCUUGAUAUUGUGUUAUAUUCUUGCAAGUAAUUAUCUUUUCUAAGAAAACAAACAAAAAAGAAAAGUCAACCCUAUUCCUAUUGCAAAGCACACAGGAAUUAAUAGUACAAUAAAGUCUGUCCUGUACAUUGUAGCAUUCUUAACUUGUUCUACUUUACCUGUUGUCUAUAUAGCUUUUAUUUAUAGUUGUCAGUCUAAUCUUGGCAUGUUUAGCAAAGAAAAUGAAACUUCAAGAGUUUUAUAAACUAUUUCUAGGUUGCUAAAGAAUUUAUUUUUCUACUGUAUAUGGUAUAGACGAAGCAUCACCUGUACAGGAAACAAGUCUAUUUCUCAUAGAAGUAAGCUUAAAAAUAAAUGCCAGUCAUAUCCAUAUUUAAAAGUUCUAUCUAUAAAGUAUCUCCAGUCUUUGUAAUGUGAAUUGCAUUUUAAACUUUCUAUGAAUUCCAAGUUGUUUGCCAUAAUAUUUAACUAAUCUUUGAAUACUAAUUUUUCAAAUAAUUUACAUUCCGUUUCAUGUUGGACUUGUGAUCAGCAGUAUUUGUGGUGUCAUUUAUUUCUUGUGUAUAAUGUUACAGCUAAAUCACUUCAUGGUUUUUUGAAAAUCUCAAUGCUUACGUUUGGCCAAAUGUGAAAGUGUUAUUACAUUUACUGGAUAAAACAAAAAGAAAUAAUACAAAAACAUGGCAUGUGGCGCUUGAUUGUCACAUGGAAGAGUCCCUGCAUACUGUUAGCAUUAUAGAAGUGUUAUAUGCAGGAAUGUGGAUAUGUGUGUAUGUAUAAUAUAUACACGUUGAUAUUUUUUAUGUGUUUGUGUGUUUAUGUACACAAGCACAUGUGCACAGACUUGCAUGCACAUACACCCACAUAGGUAAAGUUUUUAAAAGACUAGGAAAUUAUACCAUCGUUAUUAAAGAGUUAUAAUAGAGCUUUCUCUAUUAUUAUUUUUAUUAGUGCUAUAAAAUGAGGAAGCAUGUCAUUAUAUACGAAUUCCUCAUACUUUGGCUCAAUGUAGUCCCUUCUAGUUUUAAUGAAAAUCCAAACAAUAAUAACUAUAUUUUUUAAUGUGAGCAUUUUUACAGUAAUAUCUAUCUUGAUAAAGAUACAAAUGUAUAUUAUUUUUGGUUGAGCAUCUCAGUGACACUUUAUGGAGUAGUUUGUCUUUUUUAUGUAUUAUUGGUAUAGACAUACUGCAGUGUAUUGUCUUUCAGUGUUUUCGCAAUUUUAAAAUCCCAGCCCUGAGUUACAAAAGUGCCAUUUUAAGUAAUGCUUAACAGGUUAUUUCAAAAUUCCUUACCCUCGAUGAUCUUGUGGGAUUUUAACAUAUAUAGUGUAAAUAGAUUACGGAUGUCAACUUAAGUGAAAAGACACUUUUUUUGUUGCUGUAUGUUUUCUCCAUUAUUUUAAUCCUGGUUGCUAGGAAAUUAUAGAUAUGUUUAUUUUUAGUUGCUGGAGUUUAGCUUCCAAUAUUUAUGAUAAAUAUAGAAAAAACCUAUCAAUUGGAAAUGAAAAAAAUUGGCCUUAGCUUACACGCUUAUUUCAGGUUUUUUCAGUAACUGUGAUGCUGUUUGUCAACUGAAAAAAUUACACAUCUAUAAAAAUUUUAAAGUCAAAAUUUUGUUCUUUGUUUAUAAUGUAAUCUUUUGUUGCUACGUCAGCAGAAUACUGCAGUGAAUUAAAUAUCAGUGAAGCUUAUUCUGUAUAAAAGAUUCAACGAAUAAAAUACUAAGAUGCUUACUGUGUAUAAUGUUCAGUUUAGUUGCCUGCUAAAGUUUUAAAGGCAAAAGCACCCUGUCUUUAACAUACACAGAGAUGAAAUUUAGUAGUAAAUCUUGCUAAACUGAGUGCACUAAGUGUUUAAGCAAUUCUCAGGGUGGGGAGGGUGUCUCUUAUGGGUCUCUUAAAAUUAUUUUUCCUACAGAAUUUUUAAUCCUGAAGUAAAUACUGAGGCUUUUCAGGUCAGCUUUACAUUUUCAGAGUUGUAUGUCAUUGGUCAAAAUUCUACGAACUAUAUGGGAUAAAUCCAACUCUGAUGAUACUAUUGCUUUGAGUUCUUGUGCACGCAACAUCUAUGCUUGUUUUUUUUCAAAGCAUCUUCAGUCACAUGGCUGAUGCAGAAAUAACUGCAAAAACUUCCUGACAACCUUCAAAUCUGAACACGGUUCAGGUUUUAUUAUAUAUCUUAACGCUUUCAGGUACUGGAGCAUUUUAAUCUCAGAUAGGAUAUAGGAUGCCUUUUACCUAUAACUUACUCAGUGUGCAAAUCUGUUUUUUAGACUUCUGUUAUCAGAAGCUGUCUGUGCUGAAUCUGAGGCACAGUGUAUUGUGUUCGGGCUCUGAACAGACCGCAGGUUUCUGAUGAAUAGCUGUCCUAGGGAACCAAAGUGUGACAUUAGUGUUCACUUGUGUCAAAUUCCAUCCUUCAGCUAAUUCAUGGUUUCCAUGGAAUCAGAAGGAAUGAAUUUAAUCUGUCAUCGUGGCUAGUGAAAGCAAAGACUUCCUUCCUUUUCCUAUUGACAAGUUCUUUCCCAAGUGUGUAGAUGGUGCAUGUUACGGCUGUUGCCCAUAUGUUUCUCAUCUUCCUUAUAAAAUACAAUGCAUGUGUGUUUAGACCUGGUAUUUUUGUUGCUGAAUUGAGUGUCAUGGGUGCCUAGCCAACAUUCUGGUGCUUUUAUAUUACAGAAUAGGGUUUAGUAUGCCUGAUUACAUUAAUAAUAAUUUGUCCGUUACUGUUUUUUUUAUUUGGUGUGACUUAUGAAAUAUGGAGAAUUAAAUAAUUUCACUGAAUGCCUACAGUGCGGUAACUGUGUUUUUUUCAGACUUAGAGUGUGGUGAUAAUGAAAGGCCAUCGUUGCUUCUACUUAUGAGCUGUUUAAGCUAAGCUGGGAAGGGGAUCUCAUGGUGGCCCUUCCAGCCAUGACUGCUUAUCAGUGCUUCAGGGGUAGAUACCCUGCCUUGAAGAGUACCUCUGGCUGCUUAGGUGGCUGACUGAUAGUAGUAUAGCUGUACUUUAUUGUACAUAUUAUAAGUAGUGUAGCUGUAGCUUGUAUUUUCCCCAGAAUUACAGUAUCACAGUCUAUCUGUUCUUACAGAUUUUUUCUGCUUCAUAACUGAUGAAGUGAAGGGGAGGCAAAGUAGUUCUCACCUGUUCCUGCAGCGCUCUCAGCUUUGCCAUUGAUGAGAAUUGUCAGGGACUCUGCAAUAGCUUUUGCAGGAUUUUACUGAAUUACAAGUAGAAAAUGUCCAGAGUGGUAAGUUAUGAGUUGAAGUUCUUUGGUUAACUGAUGCUGAGUGCGAUGAACUGGUGAAGCAUCUGGGAAAAAACCAAGCUGCGCUAUUGAAUUACGGGCUAAGUCUCCCUUGGAAGGUUCCCCCCUCGGUACUUGGCCGUGUGACCUCAGUUUCUACCGUGACUGCCCUUACUUGGCCACGUUGACCCCAUGCACGUUGGGAAUGAGGAAGAGAUCAAGAAACCUACCUCAAAAAAAUCAUGUACUUUAAACAGCCGCCUCUUAAAACACUGAGAUGAAAUUAUUAAAUGUAGAAUGUAGGAAAAAAAUACGGAGAAUGAAAUGUCCAUGGUUCAUUACUGAAAUAUGUAUGUAUACACACAUACGCUUUUGGAAUUUAGUAAAGAAGUAAUGUUGGUGGCCAGCCUGCUACAGAUAAACAUUGCUUACAAUUCAGAUGUUAAGUUUUGAAAACAGAAUGUAAACAUGUCACUAAUUUUGAUAUCCUAUCUGUGAGUUGUCUAGCUCUUCACGUUGAUUUGAUUUUGUUAUCCUGUGUGGUCACACAGACGAGCCUGAUUUUGUGUCCUUUGGUUAACUGUAUCGGAGUUGCAAAGUUUCUUUAUCUCUUCACAGAUGGCUGCCGUCUAUUCUUUCUUCUCUUAGUACGUCUCUUUGACUUGAUCAGUUUUAAAGUCAAAACUUAAAAUUUAUAGUGUGAUCAUACUACUUGUAAAACAUACUGGGUCCUGCAUAAAGUUCAUAAAAGUCUGUCAAUA